CAACAUUAGCAUUCGAGAGUAGAAGACAAAAAUAAAUAAAUAAUAAAAUAACAAAAAUAUACUAAACUCGUCGUAAAAUGUCACGAAAAAAUGUGUUAAACUUAGUAAAUACCAUUGUACAAAAUUCCUGCAAAUGUCCAGCCCAUUCCAGCAAUUAUGGAUCGAGUGCAGCUAAUGUUUCACAAACCGGUAAAAUGGAAUAUGCUUUUGAGAUGUCCUCUUCUACCGUUCGUUUUGGUCCCGGUGUUAGUGCUGAACUUGGCGCCGAUCUACGUAAUGGCGGCGCAAAAUCUGUUUGUGUGGUGACUGAUAAAAAUGUUGCCAAACUACCCAGUGUAUUGACUGCUUUCGAUUCUCUCAAAAAGAGUGGCAUAGAAUUUGAGGUUUACGAUGAGACCAGAGUAGAGCCAACCGAUGAGAGUUUAUGGAAAGCGGCCACGUUUGCAAGAUCAAAACAAUUUGAUGCAUUUGUAGCCAUAGGUGGAGGUUCGGUAAUAGACACUUGUAAGGCAGCUAAUUUAUUUGCUUGUGAUAAGGAGGCGGAAUUUUUGGAUUAUGUAAAUAAGCCCAUAGGCAAGGGAAAGGAAGUGAAUGUGGAAUUGAAACCUUUAAUUGCUUUGCCAACCACAGCGGGUACAGGCUCAGAAACUACAGGCGUGGCCAUAUUUGAUUACAAAAAGUUGCAUUGUAAAACGGGUAUAUCUAGCAAAUAUUUAAGACCUAAAUUGGGUUUAAUUGAUCCUUUGCACACUUUGUCUCAACCCGAGAGAGUAACAGCCUACAGUGGCUUUGAUGUGUUUUGUCAUGCCUUGGAAAGUUUUACCGCCGUCGACUACAGAGAACGUGGCUUAGCUCCUACAGACCCUAGUCUGAGACCACCCUAUCAGGGUCGUAAUCCCAUUUCAGAUGUUUGGGCCCGUUAUGCUUUAACCACUAUUAAGGACAACUUUUUAUCUGCCAUCUAUCAGCCGGACAACUUAAAGGCUCGUUCUCAAAUGCAUUUAGCCUCCACCAUGGCUGGUGUAGGUUUUGGCAAUGCUGGUGUUCAUUUACCCCAUGGCCUGUCUUAUCCCAUAUCAGGAAAUGUUCGCACUUUCCGUCCCGAAGGCUAUGGCGAUAGUCAUGCCAUUAUACCCCAUGGUCUAUCCGUUGUUAUAACCGCCCCCGCUAUAUUUGAAUUUACAGCUCCCGCUUGUCCGGAGCGCCAUCUUGAAGCCGCUCAAUUAUUGGGCACGGAUAUUAGUAAUGCUAAGCAAGCCGAUGCUGGCAAAAUAUUGGCAGACUCCGUUAGGGAUUAUAUGCAAAAGGCUGGCAUUGAAAAUGGUCUUAAAGGUUUGGGUUUCAACACGUCCGACAUUCCUGCUUUAGUGGAAGGCACUUUGCCACAGGAGCGUAUUAUAAAAUUGGCACCGCGCGAACAAAGCCGCGAACAAUUGGCAAAGUUAUUCGAAAAUUCAAUGGAAAUUUACUAAAUAAUUUAAAGACUUACAUAUUUUUUUAAUGUAAAACUGUUUAAAAUAUUUGUAAUUAUAAAAUUUGUUAAUAAAAAUACACUUUUUUGCACAUGUAAAAUAUAA